AUAUAUUUUGUGCUAUGUGCACGUCUUGUGGAGUAAUUAUUGUGCCCAUUACCUAUUCAAAAUUUCAAUUUUUCAAAGAAUUUAUUCAUUUUUUUGAUAUUCAAGAGAGUUGAACUAGUCAAUAUUAUUAUUUGUAAAUAUUUACUCAAGUAUUUACGAACAAAUAUGAAUAUAGAUGGUUUACUUUUAUGACGUAUUGGCAUAAUUAAUUGAAACAUUGACCAUGUCUGAUGCCGUAGUUGUAAAGGCUAAAACCGAACGGAAGGUGUUCAGACCGUCAGCCAAAGUGCUGAACAAAAUACCCGAUGAGAUUACCAAUGACCCUGAGCUGAUCGCCGCUAUACAAUCGUUACCACCUAACUACAACUUUGAAUUGCCAAAGACAAUAUGGCGACUGCGUCAAAUGCAAGCCAAACGUGUUGCGUUGCAAAUGCCCGAAGGCCUGACCAUGUUUGCUGUACAGUUGUGCGAUAUUAUCGAAAGGUUCACAGGUGCAGACACGGUAAUUAUGGGCGAUGUCACCUAUGGUGCAUGUUGUGUGGACGAUUUCACAGCCAAAGCGCUCGGUGUCGACCUUUUAGUGCACUAUGGCCACAGUUGUCUCAUUCCUGUUGAUCAAACCGAAGGGGUCAAAGUGCUAUAUGUUUUUGUUGACAUCAAGAUUGACGCUAUUCACCUAAUCGAAACUGUGAAAUUAAACUUCACCAAACAACAGAGACUAUUGUUUGUGAGCACUGUUCAGUUUGUCACCACAUUACAAGGGUUGAUUAAUAAAUUAAAAACAGAUGGUUAUUGUGUAAAAGUUCCUCAAGAAAAACCACUGUCACCGGGAGAAAUUUUGGGAUGUACCUCACCAAAGGUUUCAGACGCCGAUUGUUUGAUAUAUCUAGGUGAUGGUCGAUUCCAUUUAGAAUCCAUAAUGAUAGCUAAUCCCGAACUUGCAGCAUACAGGUAUGACCCAUAUGAAAGAAAAUUGACCAGAGAAUACUAUGAUCAUGAUGUCAUGAAAGAUACGCGGCUGAAAGCAAUCGAACGAGCUAAAGAUGCUAAAACUUUCGGACUGAUUUUAGGCACUCUGGGAAGACAAGGAAGUACAAAAGUUUUGGAUUAUUUUCAUGAUCAAAUGAGAUCACAUUUGAAAAACUCUGUGGUUAUUCUCUUAUCAGAAAUAUUUCCACAAAAGCUAUCUUUUUUUGGAGACACCGUUGACGCUUGGAUACAGAUUGCAUGCCCACGAUUGUCUAUCGAUUGGGGCACUGCAUUUGAAAAACCAUUUCUGUCGCCUUAUGAGGGUGCUGUAGUUAUGAAUCAAAUUGAGUUCAAUUGCAAAGAAAGUUAUCCAAUGGAUUAUUACAGUAAUAACAGUUUAGGUGCUUGGACACCAAAUUAUCGACCAGCCAAUGGUUGUUGUGGUAAAGGAUGUGCAAAUGGCUCAAAAAGUGAUGCACAAAAAAUAGGUUGUUCUAAGAAUCAGUGAUUGAUUUGAUUCUUUUCAUAUGCUUCACUGCAUUUGUUUACUGCCUGUUUAUAUAAAUAAUUAUAUGUUUUGGUAGAAUUUUGUUUUAAUAAAUUUCUGACAACAGUA